AUGGCCACAACUGACGCCUCCGGCUCAUCUUUGCUUCCCGUUGUGGCGAGCGGCCUGCCAGAGGAGGUGGAGGUUCGUCUUAUCGAUCCCUCGGCUGCAUCACAAGAUGAGGACAAGGGACGAGCCGUGAUGAAGGAGCUGCCCUUUGUCGCUGUGCAAGACGUGUCGAACCGGCACCGCGCCUGGACGUGCAGCCACUGCUUCACCUUCCUCCAGUCGCUCGAGGCCCAAUUUAAUUGGCAUCAAAAGCAAACGGAGGCGAUUCUCGGAGUGGACGAGGACGACGACGAAGUCACGCCGCUGCCAGAAGGCGUGCUCUUGCGGACUGACGUUGUGGAGUGUUGGCACGCCUGCGGAGAGAUGUACUGCAGCGAGCGCUGCAGGGAUGCGGCCUACGCCGAGCACCACGAAGCCCUGUGCGUGGGUCGCGUGGAUUCCGAGCUGCACCCGCUCGUCGUGUUCAAGAAGCACGCUGUCGAGCACAACGAGCUCUUCCUCCUGGCCGCCCACGUCGUCGUCCGGGUCUUCAACACCAUCCGCGCCUCCGAGACCGCCGGCGGGUUGGAUCUGGGGUACGCGCAGCGCUUCAUGGACUCGUUUUGCCACCGCCCCUGGCUCGAGGUCAUCACCGCCGCCCGACAGUCGCGCAAGGCAGCCGCGCACGACCACGGCGAUGAUGGCGACGACGAAGACGAAGACGACGAUGAGAGAUGCUGCAGCAACUGCUCGACGAGUACCGCCACUGCCACGGUGGCGUCCUGCGAUGGCGAUGGCGACGCGGCCACCACUCACACUACGCUGACGACACCAGGCCAGGGCAAGGGGCCGCUGGCGGAGCUGUUCACGCCUGACUUUUAUUCGCAUCUGCUGGGGCUCCUCGAAAUGAACCAGAACGCCAUCCGCAUUGUGUCGCCGCUGCAGACCUACGCCACGCUCCUCCACGACCACCUCUUCCCUUCGUACAACACUUGGGAGAGGCUGAACGCCAUGUCGGAGCUGCUCACGCUGGUCGAACAGAUGCAGGACGAUGACGAUGAAUGCGAUGACGACAACGAGGAGGACGAAGACGCCGACGGCGGUUCGGGCCACCAUCACGCCCACGACAAGAAGGCCAAAGCGAAGCACCACGAAGACAGCGAAGAGGACGAGGGAGACAGGAAGGGCAAGGGCAAGAGCAAGGCGGAGCGGGGGUCGGACAGUGAAGCAGAGACGGCCGAAGAGGAAGAUGACGACAAGCCGGUGGAGCUGUUCCCUCCGUUUGAGGGCUUCGGACUCUUCCCCAUUGCGGCCAUGAUGAACCAUUCGUGCGAGCCCAAUACACAAGUCAAGUUCGGGCGUAAUCGGGAGGCGGUGGUGGUGGCACUGUGCGACAUUGCCGAGGACGAGGAGCUGACCCACAGCUACAUCGAGAACGACCGACCGCUGGCCGAACGCCAGGCCGACCUCCUCGAGUACAACUUCGUCUGCCACUGCGUCCGAUGCCUCAAGGAGACCACCGUUGCUUAG